ACUCAAACACCAUCCCAUUUUGGGAGAUUUAUUAAAAACUGCAAACAUAUUCUUUGUAAGUGACUGACAUACGAUUUUGCAUGGGUUUUACAUCCACUCCAAAGCCGCUGUUAAGCUUCAUAAAGAUAGAUGUCUCUCGAUUGAGAGCAGAGCACAUCUCUAUCUUCUGAGCUUUGCCCAGGUUUGACCUCUAAAGAUGAAAGAUCACAGAAGCCUCGUCAGACAAGCUGUUGUCCUGCUGGAUAAGUUUCAGCCAGAACAGGGCAGCUUCCAGGCCUUUGUAGACAACGCCUCCAAGUCACUCCAGGACCUGGAAGAAUCGGAGCAGAACUUUGUGCUGGAGAUUAUUUCUGGCUGUGUCGAGCACAGGAAGCUCUUGGACGUUGUGGUCGAUACUUUCUACCAUCGCACUGGAAAAGGCUUCCUACAAGCUGAUCGCAACCAGUUUAUGGUGAUCUGUUUCCUGGCCACGUUCCUCCUGGAAGACCUAGGUCUUCGCUGCUUCAGCAAGAUCGUCAAAUGCCUGGAUGCGGCGAAGAUGCACAAGUUUCUGAGUUUCUUCUUCAAUGUGAACAACCUCAGCACCUGGAUCCGAGGGGAAUGGAGUCAGAUCUAUGACGCCCCCUAUGUGGAGAAGAGCUGGAUUGCACCUCUGCUUAGGUGGCAGCCAGCGGUUGAAGGAAUUAUCACCCAACUGGCCAGCAAAGCGGCUGGUGGGAUUCAGCCCAAGAAAGGCAGUCAGAAGAUCACUGAACCUAGGGAGUUUGCCCUGACCAAGCCCAAACCUCGGCCUCUCCCCAAACCAGAGCCCAUUCCCCAGCAGGAGCGACACCGGCCGGUACCAGGCAGCAUCUAUCAGCUCCCCACGGAGAGAGAUGUGCUGGAGAAGGUCAAGCAGAAGAACCGUCAGCAGGCUAAUAAAGUCAUGUUAGAUGCCAACACUCAACAGUUCCACUGUGCGAAUCCCGAGAAGUCACAACGCACCAAGAAGGUGCUAUCCCGGAUCCAGGAAGAGCGAGAUGCCCAGCUGCAGUUUAACUCGCUCUUCUCCUCUGGGAUUCCAUCCAGCCACAAGACGGACAGCCCGCCCAUCAGACUGAACACCACCGCCAUCCUGCGCGAAGGAGCCCUCUACAACCGACAGGUGGAGGAGGAAACACGGAGGAUGGUGGCGCUCCUGAGUGGGGGAGGAGAGCCUUCAUCCUUCCUACGGUGGCAGAAUGAGGUCCUGCAGCAGGACCUGCAGGAGGAACUGGCCCAGCUGGAACGGCGCCGCCUAGAGGGACUCAUCAGCCAUGAGGAGGCGGCACUGGCCCGCGUGCGCGUGAUGGAGCGCAACCAGCAGAGGGCGCUGCUCAAGAAAGAGGAGACCGCUGAACUGAUGCAUCGCUACGCAGAGAAGCGCCUGCAGGAGGAGCAGGAGAUGAGGGAGCUGGUGGAGCAGGUGGUGGAGGGACACAAGAACGCCAAGGAAGCGAAAGCCAAGCUGUGGGCGUACAAGCAGCGCAUAGUGGAGGAGGUUUCUGAGCAGAGCCGGCACCUCUUGCGUCAGGCCUUGGAGCGGGCCCAGGCGGACCUGGCCAGGAGGCUGGAGCUGAUCUGUCAGAUCCGGGCCAUGGAGUCUGUCCCCGUCAUCAGACACAAGUUUGUGGAUGACACUGAGACGGCAGGCCAUGCCCUCCUGGGAGAGAUGUCUCUGGCUGAGCUACGUGAGCGGCUGGCCCUGCUGCGGGAAGCGCAGAGCCGGCAGCAGGAGGAGAAGAGAGAGCGCCUCCAGGUGGCGAAGCAGCACCGCCGGCAGUGGCUCCAGGGGCAACUGGACUUCAUCAGCCAGCAGAGGGCAGCACUGGGAGAGGAGGCCAAACGGAAACAUGCAACCUCUCCUGGAAGAUCCCGGAGUCUCCUGCAAAUUGACAACAGCUCCCUGACGCCUGCAAACGAUGCACAAUGUCCCGGAAAUCUGUCAUCCCGCUAUUCAGUGCUGGUAAUAUUAGUCAGCAAUAAGUUUUACUGCUGCAGCCUCACCCCAAAUUUUACCACCACUCUCUAGCCCCAGUCAGUAGAUUGUGUCCGCCCACCCCAGUCGGUAAUAUAUAUACGGCGUUACCAUAAAACCAGCCAGCACCCACCCCUCCUGGAUGCCCCUCAUCUGCCUCCCUGUAAUCAAUAUCUGGAUGUCUGACAUUCUGAUAUAUGCAAUAGCUGAGAUAGCACGUUGCUCUGUGCUAACUGAGCUAACCUUGUGCCGUGGCUAGUUGAGAUAGCCAUGUGCUGUGGAUAACUUAGACAGACCUAUGCUGUGGGUGCCUGCUUUAGCCUAGCUAGUGCUAAAUAAGCUGCUGAUGUGCUGUGGCCGACUGAGCUACCCUUGUUCUAAGGGUAACUGAGCUAGCCUUUUGCUAUGGCUAAUUGAGAUCGCUGUGUGCUAUGGCUAACUGAAUUAGCCUUGUGCUAUGGCUAACUGUGCUAGCCUUGUGCCAUGGCUAACUGUGCUAGCCUUGUGCCAUGGCUAACUGUGCUAGCCUUGUGCCAUGGCUAACUGUGCUAGCCUUGUGCCAUGGCUAACUGUGCUAGCCUUGUGCCAUGGCUAACUGUGCUAGCCUUGUGCUAUGGCUAACUGUGCUAGCCUUGUGCCAUGGCUGAAUGAGGAAGCCGCCCAUGCAUCAUGGUCCACAUUCUGGACUGAGUGUCAGUAAACGAGUGUGACUGCGGGGCAGGCAACUGGAAAAGAGGACCCGGCAGAAGCCCUGCCCGGGGGUGAGCGAUGACCAGCAGCUGCUAGAGCUUCAACGCAAGCUGGAAGACAAGCGGCAAGAGAGGCAGAGACACAGGCAGGCCGAGGAUGCCAGAGGCAAAGUGU